AGACACAUGCUUGUUGAACCUUUUUUGGAGUGAAGUAUAGAAGGGAGAUAAUGCCGAUAAAAGCGAAACAAAUCCGAAUGUAUUUCUCUACAGUGUACUUCCUUGUUACAGUAAUGUGAACUGUAAUCAAUUAAACAGUUAAGUUGAUCCUCACUAACUGGAUACAGUAACCAUGGCAACCAAUGACAAGAAAGACAAGAUGCUGGUGGCAGCUAUAGACUUUGGCACCACCUACAGCGGCUAUGCAUUCUCCUUUAAACAUGACUACCAGACAGACCCAUCCAAAGUCUCAACCAAUCAGAACUGGGUGGCUGGAUCCAUGUCAUUAGUCUCCCUGAAAGCUCCUACAGUGGCCUUGUUUGAUGAAAAUCAGAAAUUCCACAGCUUUGGGUACGAGGCAGAAAACAACUACUCCGAAUUGGCUCUAGACGAAGAACACGAAAAAUAUUACUUUUUUAAAAGAUUUAAGAUGAGACUCCAUGGCAAAAAGAUACAGCGAGAUAUUGAGAUAGACGAUGACCGGGGCCGAAAGAUGACGGCCAUGCUAGUGUUUUCCGAGAUCAUCCGCUACUUGAAGGACCACCUGCUAAAGUUGCUCGAGAUGCGUGGAACCGGCGUGGACAACAAGGACAUACACUGGGUGCUCACUGUCCCGGCAAUAUGGUCCGACUCAGCAAAACAGUUCAUGAGGGAAACAGCUACAAAGGCUGGUAUAGAAGGUGGUCAGCUAUCCAUAGCCUUGGAGCCAGAGGCAGCCUCAUUGUACUGUCAGCUCAUACCGACCAACAAGAUACACGGAUCCGAGGGGGCCAAGUUUGCUGUCGCCAGUCCAGGGACCAAGUACAUGGUCAUAGAUCUUGGAGGUGGUACAGCUGACAUCACAGUUCACCAGCGACAAGCAGACGGUGGUCUGAAGGAGCUGCACAAGGCGAGCGGCGGGGCAUGGGGUGGCACAAAGGUUGACGAGGAGUUCUACCAGCUUCUCAUUCGCCUUAUUGGGGCUCCUGUCUGGAGCAAGUUUUGCGAGGAACACACAGCAGACUUCCUUGAUCUGCAGAGAGAGCUUGAGACUAAGAAGCGCACUAUCAAGCCAGAAUCUAGCGGCAAAAUAACUAUCAAGGUGCCUGUGACAAUCGUUCAGACUUAUGAGAAAGAAAGCGAAGAAUCCAUAGACGAUGCUAUAUCUGGAUCCAAUUAUAAUGGAAAAAUCAAAUGGAUGGGAGACAAAAUGAGGAUUGAGGCACCUGUAUUUAAGAAUUUAUUCAAGUCUUGCUCAGAUAAGAUAGUAAACCAUAUUAAAGACUUACUUGCAAUGCCUGAUGUGCAAGGCACAAAUAUAUUUCUUAUGGUAGGUGGAUUUUCUGAAUCAGCAAUGUUGCAAAAUGCUAUCAUAACAUCACUACCAAAGAGCAAGGUGAUCAUUCCUGAUGAACCAGGGCUGUGCGUACUAAAGGGAGCUGUGAUAUUUGGUCACCGCCCCAUUGCCAUCACGUCGCGUGUCUCCAAGUACACGUAUGGCAUCAAUAUUUCCCCGCCAUUUGAUCCCGCAAUCCACAAAGAAGACCACAGAGUCUCAGUCGGAGGAAUAGACCGCUGCCGUGAUAUCUUCAAGCGCUACAUUCAGGAAGGCGAGACAGUACGAGUAGGUGAAGCCAGGUCAGGAAAACAUGUGACCCUCAAAUCGAGCCAGAAAGAAAUGUUGCUGAAGAUUUUUGCGUCUCCAAAGCGUGAGCCAAUGUACGUAGACGAAGAAGACUGCGAGACCCUGGGGAAGGUGGUGGUGAACCUGCCGGACAGUGAGGAGAAGAUCCGGGUGGAGGUGAAGAUGAUGUUCGGGGAGACAGAGCUGACAGUCGAGGCCCAGGAGCUCUCGACACACACAAAAUACAGGGCAUACUUUGACUUCAUGUAGCCCGCUAGAUUUCUUAUUAUUCUGUGAUAAUGUCGACUUUUGAAAAAAUCUUUUUGUAAUUCUCUGAAAAGUUGUACAUAAAUAAUCUAGCAACAUUAAAAUUUGAUGCAGACAUUGCCAUUGGAAUUGUUGAUUACAUGUAGUCUGAUUACAGAGUUCUUGAUAAUUACAUGUACAUGUACAUUUGGUUUUAACAGGUAGAUAAUCUACAGGAUUGCGUUAUCAGUGUUUAAGUGUUUAUAUUACAGGUUCAAAUAAACAGGCAAUGUUAUCUUGUUUUGACUUUACACACAUUUCUUCAAUGAAAUAAACUGAUGUAUUUAUUGUUA